GGGAUAAAUGUCUACUGCUCCCUUCCCCCCCUUCCUGCUGAUCCAGCACUCGCAUAUUAAAAGAGCGUCGCUCCCAGGGUCUGCUCGAGCCCUUCAUCUCGUCUUUCCUUCAACCAACUUGACUUCUCCAUUAGAGUUGUCCCACCUUCGCCCAUCAUGGAUCACGAAAAGGCCCUGCCCUCGGAUGAGAAGGCGAGCGUCCCUCAGCCUACCGUUGAGUCGGCGCGUGAAGAUGGCCAGGUCGAAUGGCGUGACCAGGAGGACUUCAUGACCCGUAACGGUCUCAACCUCAAGUCCUUCCAGCGCCGUCCCCAAGCUGGCCCCAUGGUCGAGCUCGACAAGUCCAUGAAGACUCGCCAUCUCCACAUGAUUGCCAUUGGUGGUUCCAUUGGUGCUGGUUUCUUCGUCGGUUCGGGUGGUGCUCUCAACAGAGGUGGUCCUGCCUCGCUCCUCAUUGACUUCUCCAUUAUGGGAGUCAUGAUUUUCAACGUCGUCUAUGCUCUUGGUGAACUCGCUGUCAUGUACCCGGUUUCUGGUGGUUUCUACACCUACUCGACUCGCUUCAUUGAUCCUUCCUGGGGUUUCGCCAUGGGCUGGAACUAUGUCUUCCAAUGGGCCAUUGUUCUGCCGCUCGAAUUGCUUGUCGCUGGUCUUACUGUCAAAUACUGGGAGGGCGCCAAAGACGUCAACGUUGCCGUCUUCAUCACCAUCUUCUGGGUCUUCAUCAUCCUCAUCAACGUCUUUGGUACUCUGGGAUAUGCCGAAGAAGAGUUCUGGUCGUCAUGCCUCAAGCUCGGCGCCACAGUUGUCUUCAUGAUUAUUGCCCUCGUCCUCGUUUUGGGUGGCGGCCCUAGCAGCGGCAUGUACAGCGAAUACUGGGGUGCUCGUACCUGGUACGACCCCGGCGCGUUCAGCAAGUACGGCUUCAAGGGAUUCUGCAGUGUUUUCGUCACCGCUGCAUUCUCCUUCUCCGGUACUGAGUUGGUCGGUCUGGCUGCUGCCGAGACCAAGAACCCUCUCAAGUCGCUGCCUGGUGCCAUUCGCCAAGUCUUCUGGCGUAUUACUCUCUUCUACAUUCUCGGCCUCACCUUUGUCGGUCUUCUCGUACAGCACGAAGAUGAGCGCCUGAUGGGUGGCUCCUCCGAUGUCAAUGCCUCGCCCUUUGUCAUUGCUGGCAAGAACGCCGGACUCGUUGGUUUCGACAGUUUCAUGAACGUCAUCAUCCUCGUCUCAGUCAUUUCUAUCGGUGUGUCUGGUGUCUACGGUGGAUCUCGUACUCUCACCGCUCUCGCCGACCAGGGUUACGCUCCCAAGUUCUUCACCUACAUUGACCGCGCUGGACGUCCUCUCUAUUCCGUUGGGUUCAUCAUGAUGUGGGGUCCUCUUGCCUACAUGAACUUGGCUUCUACCGGUGAGACCGUUUUCAACUGGUUCGUCGCCCUUUCCGGUCUUGCUGCUCUCUUCACCUGGGGCUCCAUCUGCUUGGCCCACAUUCGUUUCCGCAAGGCUUGGGCAUAUCACGGACACACCCUCGACGAGAUCCCCUUCAGGGCUGCUGGUGGUGUCAUCGGCUCUUGGAUCGGUAUCGGCAUCAUCAUUAUGGUUUUGGCGGCUCAGUUCUACACUGCUGUCUCUCCUCUCGGCCUCCCAGCCGGCAAGAAGACUGGUACCGCGAGCGACUUUUUCGAGGCCUACCUUGCCAUCUUUGUCGUUGCCGCCUUCUGGGUUGCCGGUUACUUCUGGAAGCGUGAGGGUUGGCUCCGCACUUCUCAGAUGGAUGUCGACACUGGCCGUCGUGAGCUUGACUGGGACCUGAUCAACAGGGAGCGUGCCGAGAUUGCCACUUGGCCCGCGUGGAAGCGUUUCUUCCACCGCAUCUUCUAAGCAGUUGCGCGUACAACGCAGAGUGCUUGGUCCGAGUUCUUUGAUACCCUUCAGACAGCUCGAUACCCCGAGCCUGCUUUCUUUCAUGUAAUAUUCCUAUGAUGUCGUAUAUCGUAGAUAUCCGAACCUGUAAUGAUUGCCUUUCUUGAAAGAAUGGUAACGUCUAAAAUGCCUAUACCCCUGUUUUCUCCACUCUGUUGGCUACCAUGACUUUUGGUCCCCCCGAAUGACUUGUUUAGUUGUUACGAGCAACUUGAUCCCAAAAUCAUUUGCCCAUAUCCA